GUACACUCCCAACAAACAUACGCCGCUACUCACUGCAGUGAAGAUGGCUACUUCACCUACUACUAGGGCAACUACUCCGAAAAGGGACAAAAAAGAUGACUCUUUCCUCAACAUAGUUACAACAUUAGGUCGUAGGAAAAAGGAAAAAGACAACAAAGAAGUUGAUGACUUGGCAGAAGAAGGGAGAUAUGCCUUGGAAUCACCAGGCAUGUUGCUGGAUUUUUCAACAGAAAACCUUGUGUUAGAUGAAGGUCAAGAAAUUUCAAUGAUUGAGAAUUCUUCAAGAGAAAGUGCUAAACUGAAGGAAUUAGUGGAGGUUUUGAUUGACUGGAUCAAUGUUGAAUUAAAAGACCAGAGAAUUAUAGUGCGAGACCUUGAAGAAGAUCUCCAUGAUGGACAGAUUUUAGGAAACUUAUAUGAAAAACUGACAGGAAAUAAAUUUGAGGUACGCGAGGUGAUGCAGUCGACAGUAUUUCAGAAGCAGAAACUUCAGAUGGUAUUGGAAGCUGUCGAGAAACUUAGUGGAAAUCAGAAACAACAGAAAUGGAGUGUUGACAGUAUUCACUCCAAGAACCUGAUAUCCAUCCUGCAUCUCCUGGUGUCACUCGCCUUCCAUUUUAAGGCACCUAUCAAGAUCCCAGAGGAUGUGUCCGUCAGUGUUGUUGUUAUCCAGAAAAAAGACAAUGUUUUAGUUUCCAAGAGAGUGUCAGAAACAAUCACCAAGGCAAAUGAAGCAAUUGGAGGAAAUUUUGAACGAGAUGCGUUUGAUACAUUAUUUUCUCAUGCUCCCGACAAGUUAAUUAUUGUCAGAAAAUCACUAGUAACCUUCGCAAAUAAACAUUUGAACAAAAUAAACUUAGAUGUGACAGAUCUAGAGGAGCAAUUUCAUGAUGGUGUGUACUUCAUCCUCCUGAUGGGACUACUAGAAGGAUACUUUGUACCGAUGUAUAGUUAUCACAUGACCCCGGAGACAUUUGAGCAAAAGGUACACAAUGUCGCUCUAUCUUUGGAAUUAAUGGAAGAUGCAGGAUUGAGCCGACCCAAGGCAAGGCCAGAAGAUAUUGUACACAAAGAUUUAAAAUCCACCGUUCGAGUUAUGUACAAUCUCUUCAUCAAAUACAAAGCAAUACAUUAAAUGGAAGUAAGAUGGAAUUGACUGAUCACAGUUACCAGUUAGAUCUGGAUGAUAACAGUAAACAUGACACCCACUUGAGGUGUAGGUGCUAAGGAAGGUGCAACGCCCCCAAGUUGAUACAUCUAAUGCUGUAAGCGCCUCUGAUGCCCCCAAUGUCAUUGACUUCUUUCUGCGUCCAAAUUUAAAUAAUCGUCCUGCGGCCGUUGCAACCGUACAUGGAUUAGGAAGGAUAAUCAUGUAACCAUGUAAAGUUAUUAUAUUGAAAUGUGAAACUUUAGUUUUCACUUAUCUGCAUAAUAUACAUAUUAUGCAGCAUUGUUUUAUGAAUAUUUAUCAAAAAUAGUGAUCAACAAUUAAUGCUAUAGACAAGAUGUCUGUAAAUUAAUUUACUUUACUUAAUUUAAGUCUAAAUUGAAAAAAAAAUGUUUUCUCUUCGUGUUCCACUUCCCUUUUUUACAUUUAUAAAGAAAAAUUCUGCAGGAGUUUGAACAUUUAUAUAAGCCAUUGAUAUUUUCACCAGACAUAUAGUUCUAGCUAUAUAAUAAUGUAUGUUGCAGACUUCUUUUUGUAGGAAAAAUUAAGGGGCCGGGGGUAAGAAAAAGGCUGACAAAAUGGUUGGUAGACUACUACAAAUAUCAACAUCAUAUUAGUCUGUACCAUAUACAGUAUCUGAAAUGGACUUGCCUUACUACAUAAUUACUUAUAUUUACCUAUUGUAAGUACAGUAUAAUACCGACCAUAAUAGUAUUUAAAAGAUUCCUAUAGUACAUAAAGUUCAAUCUGCAAUCUUUCAUGUAAAGUGAUAUGUAAGAAUAAUGAUAAUGUUGCUUAUAAUUUGUUAGUAGAGUGCCACUGUUACCUUUUGUGAAUUGAUCAGUAAUGGAUCUGAAGAGUUGCUUUGUAUUAUUUAUACACAAAGACUCUUGUGAUGAAAAUUUAAUGUUCUGAUAAUAGACACCCCUUUGUUAUAUAUUGAAUCAAACCUUUAUAGAAUUCUAUAUUUUUAUGAUCCUACAAAUCUUUGGAGUCUUCCAUUUUUGUUUGGGGAAUACAGUCAAGGUUAAAAGGUUCAAUCAAUCAGGAAGUAUAAGUCUGACCAAAUCCAGUGUUUUGUUUCCUAAGUAACUCCUUAACAGACAUCACUUGUAUAUUAAAUCCUAGCAUGCCCAUAUGGUCAAAUGCUGCUAGAAUGCAUUUAUCUAUAUUGUAUUUUAAAUUAAAUAAUUUCUUGUGUACCGUAGCCAACCUUUUUCUGAAUGGAUGAGAAUAUUCAUAAACACAGCCAAAUUUGCCUUUGAUAUGGUAUAAUGUGAAUCUAUUAAUACAAUAUAUUGAUAAUAUUUAUUAGUAUGUGUUUUCAUAUUUACUAAUAGAAAAAAAAAAUUCCUAAAUAUUCAGACAUUGAACUAGUUGCCAUUGAAAAUUUCAUACUAGUAAUAGACCUAAAUUCUUGAAACAAACAUUUUUAGUUUUAAUUUACAAAUCUUGUGAUUUUUUUUCUUUGACUAAGAGGGUAAAAGGGUAUACAGUAGAAAUGUUGGCUUAGAUAAUAGUAAAGUAUAUGGAAUUGCAAUAUAUAUUUCAACGGCCGCAAAAUCACCUGAAGUCCAAAACUAAUAGAAUAGCUGCAAUUAGGAUUUGAUUAGUGAUAGAGCGUCAUUUAAAUUCGAAUUUAAAGUCCAGUUUUUUGAUUGGUUUGUUAAUAAUUGCUAAUUUAUUUCACUGAAACGGGAAGCAUCUGAAGUGGACAGUGAAGAAGAAAAGUAGGCUGCAUCAGUGAAUGUCUAUUUCUACAACUGUCACUAACAUUGGAUAAACCUUUAAAGUCAUCCAACAGUCUGUCAGUUCAUUAAACAAAGAGAACAUUUAUAAUGAAUUUUAAAACGUCGUUUAUAGUAACAUCAACUUAAGUUUUAAAUUUCAUACUAUAUAUUAGUUUUUGAAAAUCAUUAAGAAAUUUAAUAAAAUGUUAUCAGUCUAAAUGUGACCUGCUUUUGGUAUGUGCUUUGAGUAUUCCUUUUGCCAAAUGAAUAUGUACACUACAAAUCCUGUUAUUACAUUGCGUUUUCUCAAAAUUAACAAAAUAAUUAAUGGUUAUAUUAAUUAGAUUUAUUAUAUUAGUGAUGGUAGUAACGGUAUGGUAGAUAUUAAACUGAGGAAUUAUAAUAACUGCUGGUGAUAUAAUUAGCUAUCUCAUGUUUGUGGUUUUCACCAAGAAGCAUUAAUUAGAGGCAUGCUAAAAUGUAAUCCCUACAAGAAAUUUUAACAGGUGUGUGUAUUAAAUUAGAGUAAGUUAUAUAAAAAUACUUUUUUGUACAUUUUCUUCUAUGUUAUAUACAAAAACAAUAAGAUAGCUAUCAUAUAGAACUUAUUGUUUAUAUUGAUAUGCAUACGUAUGCUUAAUGCUUUGUGGAUGAGAGACGGUGAACAUGUUUUCUUGUGUAAGGGUUCCUGUUAAUGAUGUUGAGUUUAUCUCAACUAUCUUAGAAGCCAAGCUAACAAAAUCAAGGACCUUUGAGCUAAGAACUUAGGCAUGUUUAGUAAAAUCAUUUUAAUGUUUGAAAUUUUUAGGAUAAUAUGAAUACACUUGCAUGCAUAGAAUUACUGAUUGUUAUUUUUUAUUUAUUAAUGAUACUGUGUUAUAUGGUAUGAAUCAAAUGGAUUAACUAUUAGUAAUUUAAGAUGAGUAGCAACAUUACUUAAAAGUUUUUAAAAUGUCUUAAUAUUUUUACUAUUUUUUUUUUUAAAUAAUUUUUUUUACUGUUUGUAUAAUUUAUAUGAUGUAAUAGUUUUAUUUUAGUUAUUUAAUCUUACAUAUUGAAAUUAUUUUGUGGAUCAUUUAAAUUCGCUUAAUGCUUUCAAUUGUAACAUGAUAAAAUAUUGCUGCUAGCUGAUUUAGAAAAUAAUGUUACACUAUAUAAUUUAUAGUUUUUGUCUUGGACAAAAAAUCCAUCUUUAAUUCUUUUAUCUUUAAAAUAUUUUCCUGGUAGAAGAGUUGAACGGGAGUUGAACAUCUUUAUUAAACAAAUUGUAAAACAGAGA